UUCUUUGCCUGCUUUAGAUCCAUUUUUCUCUCUCAAUUUUUUACUUGCAAACCCUAGAUCACUUAACUCUCUCUAGGGACUGCAAAAGAAAGAAGCUUUUUCGUAAAGGUACUUGAAAGAAAAAGUGUAGAUUUUUAGUGGGUUUUUGUUGUUGUUUAUUUUUUAUUUUUUGGUUUUUGAGACUUUUAGGUAGUUUAGAAUUGUGGGUAUUGAGUCAUUUGAUUGGGAAAGGAGAGUUUGAAGAAAAUUUGAGUGUAUGAAGACCUGUCAUUUUCAAGGGUGGUAUUGAAUUUAUAUUAGUUUGUUUAUCUUGGAAGCUUGUUCUUUGGAAGUUUUAUUUUUUACUUUUUUUUUAGUUUUGUGGUGACGUUUGUAGUUUUAUUGAGUUUUCUAGAGAGUGGUCUUCUGUUUAUUUUUUCAAUUUGCUUAAAUGUUGUUGAAGAAAUGCAAUUUUAAUUAGAUUGGAAAAUUUGCAUUUUUAUGUUCGGUUUAUAGCAAAGUUUGCAGCUUUAUUGGCGUUUUUCUAGAAAACUGGGUUCUUGGUUAUAUUCAUUUGGUUGAAUGUUGGUGAAGAAAUGAGAUUUUCAAAUAGAUUGGAAUUUGGAUGGAAUAUUGGGGUUUUAGUUUUUUAGUUGAGUCUUUAAGCUUUUUGAGUACGAUGGGAAUGGACGAGGAGGAUAGGGUCGGAAAACUAGAGUUCUUGAAGGAAUGAGGGGUAGUUAUUGACUAUAGAAGAACUGAAUAAGGUUUUGUUGAGGGGUUUUGGUGUAUGAUGGGUUGCAUUUGUUGCAAGCCUUCUGCUAUUGAAGAUAGCAAGGAGAGUCCUAGAGAGAGGCCUUCUAGUAAGGCCUCAUCGGAUGUUAGGGUGUCAAGGGCCACUUCUUCAAGGAGGGAGGAAGCAUAUAGAGCAAAGGAUCGGUAUGAUAACAAUGAAGGGAGGACAAUGUUGAUUGAUAAACAAGUGAAUGGUGCGGUUCGGGUGCAUGGUGAGAAUUUGGAAAGGAAGAGGGACAAGAUGGAGUAUGUUGUUAGUCAACACCCAGGGAUGGGUAGCGUACCGAAAGCUACAGAAGGAGAGCAGGUGGCAGCAGGGUGGCCUGCUUGGUUAGCUACAGUGGCAGGAGAGGCAAUCAGGGGAUGGGUACCACGGCGUGCAGACUCAUUUGAGAAGCUAGAUAAAAUUGGCCAAGGAACUUAUAGUAAUGUUUAUAGGGCUCGUGAUUUAGAUCAGAAAAAAGUUGUUGCUCUGAAGAAAGUAAGAUUUGAUAACCUCGAGCCGGAGAGUGUUCGAUUUAUGGCAAGGGAAAUUCACAUUCUACGUAGACUUGAUCAUCCAAAUGUAAUAAAGCUGGAAGGUCUGGUUACCUCGAGGAUGUCUUGCAGCUUGUACCUUGUUUUUGAGUACAUGGAACAUGAUUUGGCUGGUCUUGCUUCACACCCUGGUCUGAAGUUUUCAGAAGCACAGGUUAAGUGUUACAUGCAGCAACUUUUAUGUGGUCUUGAUCAUUGUCACAGCCGUGGUGUCCUACAUCGUGACAUAAAGGGUUCCAACCUUCUAAUUGACAAUAAUGGCAUCUUGAAGAUUGCAGACUUUGGCCUGGCUAGUUUUUAUGAUCCCCAUCAAAGUCAGCCCUUGACAAGCCGUGUUGUUACUCUUUGGUAUAGACCACCAGAGCUUUUACUUGGGGCCACUUACUAUGGUACUGCUGUGGAUUUAUGGAGUACAGGUUGCAUACUUGCUGAGUUAUAUGCUGGCAAGCCCAUCAUGCCUGGAAGAACUGAGGUGGAGCAGUUGCAUAAAAUUUUCAAACUUUGUGGCUCACCGUCUGAAGACUAUUGGAGAAAAUCAAAGUUGCCUCAUGCAACCAUUUUUAAGCCCCAACAGCCUUAUAGACGCUGUGUUGCAGAAACAUUUAAGGAAUUCCCUGCCCCGGCUUUAGCACUCAUGGAGACCUUGCUUUCCAUUGACCCUGCUGAUCGUGGAUCUGCAACUUCUGCUCUCAAGAGUGAGUUCUUUAUAGUGAAACCUCUUCCCUGUGAUCCUUCAAGCUUGCCAAAGUAUCCCCCAAGCAAAGAGUUUGAUGCAAAAAUAAGAGAUGAGGAAGUUAGAAGACAAGGAGCAGCAGGAAGCAAAGGCCAGAGACCUGAUCUUGACAGGAGAGGAACAAGAGAGUCUCGAGCCAUACCAGCGCCUGAUGCUAAUGCUGAACUAGUCUUGUCAAUGCAGAAAAGACAAGGUCAAUCCAAUUCUAAGAGCCGGAGUGAGAAGUUUAAUCCUCAUCCUGAAGAAGUUGCCUCAGGCUUUCCUAUAGAUCCACCUAGACCAUCACAAGCAGUAGAAUCAAAUGCAGAUGCGCAGGGGAAUCAUUACAAGAGAGCCUCACAUUCAGGGCCACUGGCUCACCGGGCUGCAUGGGCAAAGUCUGGGAAAAACCUGGAUGAUGCUCCAAAAAUUUCUACUGGGGCUGACUUGUCAAUGAUGUCAGGUUUAGUGGCAGCAAGGAGAAGUAGUCUUAUAUCUGAAGAUCGCAGGGAAAGAUCUGGUUCUUCGCAAUCAGAAGCUCCAAAGAUUGCAAGAUUUCCAGGAUCCUUCAAGGAGGCUUCAGAAUCCUUCAUCCAACAAGAUCAGAAACAUAAUCUGCAGCAGAAAGAAGAUGGAAGAAGUAACAGCAAAGAUCCAGUUCUGCUUGGUUAUGGGUCAAAGGGUCACAAAAUUCACUACUCUGGUCCGUUAAUAGUUCCGUCAGGCAACAUGGAUCAGGUGCUCAAGGAUCAUGAUCGCCAAAUCCAAGAAGCUGUUCGACGAGCACGCCUUGAUAAGGCAAAGAUGAGAAAAGUUCAGUUAGAAGGGAACCAAAUAUCAACCAAUUCGUUAUUUGUUUCUGGUCGUUGAGCUAAAUUUUGUAAACAGCAAAUGAAGAUGAGCAUCAUCAAGAUGAUCGCUGCAAGUAAUUUGGCUGCAGAUUCUCUUGUGAAAUAUGAUCCGAGUUGUUGGGUGGGUUCUUUUUGUAUAGGUUGGUGUUUUUAGGAAGAUGGCUAGGGGUCAUAUUUAGCUAAAGCUUAUAGCUUAUUGAGAAAUAUCUCUCUGUGAUUAAUCAUGUGUAUUUCUUUCCACUCGGCAACUGUAAUUUGCUAAGAUAUGGCCCAUUCUUGUAGAGCUUAUUGUUAGCCGUAAAUUAAAUGCAGAGAUCUGAGAUCAUUUAAUGUGAUGAAAAAAGAAAGAAGCAAAAUCUAGCACGUUUAUCA